AUGACACUCACUCCCUCCUCUGGGGGCAUGCCCAGCUUCCAGAGACCUGGGAGAGAGACUUUUGAAUCUACAUUUAGAAUGGCGGCACCUGACUUGCUGGAUCCCAAAUCUGCCACUCAGAACUCCAAACCACGGUUAUCAUUUUCUACAAAACCCACAGUGCUCUCGUCACGAGAGGAAUGUGAUUCGGCUAUUAAUGUUAUGAAAUGGAAGACGGUCUCAACGAUUUUUCUGGUAGUUGUUGUAUAUUUAAUAAUUGGAGCUACUGUCUUCAAAGCCCUGGAGCAGCCACAUGAAACUUCCCAAAGAGCCACCAUUGUGAUUCAGAAGCAGACAUUUGUAUCUGAGCAUUCCUGUGUGAAUGCAUCGGAGCUCGAUGAACUAAUUCAGCACGUAGUGGCAGCAAUAAAUACAGGAAUCAUACCUUUAAGAAACACAUCUCAAAUCAGUCACUGGGACAUGGGAAGUUCCUUCUUCUUUGCUGGCACUGUUAUUACCACUAUAGGCUUUGGGAACAUCUCGCCACGUACAGAAGGUGGAAAGAUAUUCUGUAUCAUCUAUGCCUUAUUGGGAAUUCCUCUGUUUGGUUUUCUGUUGGCUGGAGUUGGAGAUCAACUAGGGACCAUAUUUGGAAAAGGAAUUGCCAAAGUAGAAGAUACAUUUGUUAAAUGGAAUGUAAGCCAGACAAAGAUUCGCAUCAUAUCAACAAUAAUAUUCAUAUUGUUUGGCUGUGUGCUGUUCGUUGCUCUUCCUGCCGUAAUAUUCAAGCAUAUAGAAGGCUGGAGCACACUAGAUGCAAUUUAUUUUGUAGUUAUCACUUUAACUACCAUUGGAUUUGGUGACUAUGUUGCAGGGGGAUCAGACAUUGAAUACCUUGAUUUUUACAAGCCAGUGGUAUGGUUUUGGAUCCUUGUAGGACUUGCUUAUUUUGCUGCUGUCCUGAGCAUGAUUGGAGACUGGCUAAGAGUCAUAUCAAAAAAGACAAAGGAAGAGGUGGGAGAGUUCAGAGCUCACGCUGCCGAAUGGACAGCCAAUGUCACGGCAGAGUUCAAAGAAACCCGCAGGCGUCUAAGUGUGGAGAUUUAUGACAAGUUUCAACGGGCUACCUCCAUCAAAAGGAAGCUCUCUGCAGAACUCGCUGUCAACCACAGUCAAGAUCUGACCCCUUGCAAGAGAACCCUGUCAGUCAACCACCUCACCAGCGAGAAGGACAUCUUGCCCGCUCUAACAAAGACAGACAGCAUUUAUAUGAAUGGUUUGACUCCUCACUGUGCGGCAGAAGAUAUUGCUGUGAUUGAAAACAUUAAGUAG